AUGAACAAAGUAGUGCAAUUCAUGAAGUCAUUGCCUGGUCUGAUAUUAAUAUUAGCAUUAGUAACUGUGCUAGGUGCAUUGUUAUUUCAAAAAAUUGAAGGUCCAUAUGAAGAGCGAUCCAGGACACACGUAUCUAAGACAAGACAAAAAAUUUUUGUCCUAGCUCAACAGUUAGCUAAAAAAGGUAGUAAUGCUGAUUGGUCAAAAUUAGUUGCUCAAGUGGAUAGAUAUCGUGAGAAAUUAUAUGAAGCAUGGUUAUGUGGUACAGAUGAAUUAACUAUAGAUAUACCGACAAAAUGGAAUCUUUGGGGUAGUAUCUAUUAUUGUUUCACAUUAUUUACAACUAUUGGUUAUGGUAAUGUGUUUCCAUCCACUGCUGUUGGUAAACUACUAACUAUUCUUUAUGGUAUGAUUGCCAUACCAUUGUGCAGUUUGCUAAUAAGUCGAAUAUCAGAUGUUAUUAUCAGACUGACUAAAGCAAUUUAUUAUAUGACACUUGAUCCUUCUGGAGUUCCAGUUGGAUUAAGAGAAGCUUAUCAUAGAAUUGAUGCAACUUUCGACUUUCGAGUACUUCCUUGCAUAUUAACAUUCGUAAUCUAUCUAGCAUUUGGAGCUGGGAUAUAUUCCUAUAUAGCUGGACAAAAGGAAUUAGAGUGGAGUAUUUUGGAUUUAAUUUAUUUCGCAUUUAUUUCAUUAUCAACUGUUGGAUUUGGAGAUUUAGUACCAGAAACUGAUGUAUUUUUAGCAGUUUUAUCAAUUAUUUACAUAAUUAUUGGUUUAGCAAUUACUGGUAUUGUAUUUGGACGUUUAACUGAAGCAUUUGAACAUGUUUUAUGCGGUCAUACUAUCGAGUCAAUUGAAGAAAAUCUCAUAAAUUCUGAACAAAGUUCUAUUCAAGCAACAAAACUUAUGAAAAAUAGAACAAAUGUAACACAUUUAAAACAAAAUUAACUCAUUGAACAUUGACUACAAAGUAAUAAUAAAAAGAAAUAACUAAACGAUUAUUUCAUCAACAGAGGGAUGAAAUCUGG